CAACGCUCGGAUGGCCAAACUGAACCGCCAGAUGCAAGUCAUCCGACCUUCGAUGCCAUAGAUCUGGAUGAUAUAUAUUUUGCUGGUGCAGCAGCCACAGGCCCAUCCGAAGACGAUCUCCCCAAAACAUUACCGGAAGCUUUCAUCUGCCCAGAUGGAGGAUUAUUGUCAUAU